AUGGAGAAGAUCCAAGGGGCUGAGGUAGUUGACAUUGAUAAGACGACCAUGGUUAUGGAGCCUGAGAAGUCUACCGGAGGUGGACUCUUUGUUCCUGGGAAGGAAAGGGUAGUGUAUGUUGCACCGGAGAGAAAAUCGCGAUUAGGACUAGAUACCCUUGCCAUUGCAAAACGUGGAGAGUCUCAUAGUGAAGCGGCAUUCAAGGUGCCAAAAGAGAUUACCACAUCUAUUGCAGCAGCUGCAGACGAUGAAGACGAGUCCUCUACUGUUGAGGAGGGUGAACACACGGGUGCACGGCAUUCUCAUAGAAGAUACCGUGAGACAACAAGUGAAACAACACGUGCGGAUAGCUCUCUUACUGAAGAAGCUUCACCAUCACGUGGAUAUGACAGGGAGAGUCAUAGGAGCAACAGGAGAGACGACGAUAGUGAGAGGAGCGACAGGAAAGACGGUUAUGAGAGGAGCGACAGGAGGGACGGUAGUGAGAGGAGUCACUAUCAUAGGAGUGAGCGAAGGGAAGAUCACAGGAGGGAGAGGCAUUCUGGUUACCAUAGAAAGAGAACCAGAUAUGACAAUGAUGAUUAUAGGAGGGAGAGGAGUUAUUCUGGAAGGUCUGACUGGGACAGUGGCAGAUGGGAAUGGGAAGAUACUCCACGGAGGGAUAGCGUAUCUAGCUCUAGACGACAUCAACCUUCACCAUCACCAAUGUUCGUUGGUGCCUCACCUGAUGCACGACUAGUUUCUCCGUGGUUGGGCGGCCAUACUCCUAAUUCAUCUUAUACACCUUCUCCUUGGGACCAUGUUUCUCCGUCUCCUCUUCCAAUACGUGCUUCUGGAUCUUCUGUCAAAUCUUCUAUUUCUCAAUAUGAUCGAAAGUCACAUACGUAUAAGGAGGAAAUAGCUGGUAAGUCUGAUUUGGACGAAAAACACUCGUAUACUGAGAUAACUGAAAGCAUGCGUGAAGAGAUGGAACGCGAUGCAGACCGAGCAUGGUAUGAUAGAGAAGAAGGAAGCACAUUUGAUUCUGACAACUCAUCACUAUUUCUGGGAGAUGAAGCUUCCUUUCAGAAGAAAGAGGCCGAGUUGGCUAAAAGACUGACCCGAAGAGAUGGGACAAAGAUGUCUCUUUCACAAAGCAAGAAAUUAUCUCAGCUUACAGCUGAUAAUGCUCAAUGGGAAGAUCGGCAACUGCUAAGAUCGGGUGCUGUUAGAGGUACAGAGGUCCAGACUGAAUUUGAUGACGAGGAUGAACGCAAAGUCAUUCUUCUUGUGCAUGAUACCAAGCCUCCUUUUCUCGAUGGUAGAGUUGUUUUUACUAAGCAGGCAGAGCCAAUUAUGCCAAUAAAAGAUCCAACAUCAGACAUGGCUAUAAUUUCUCGUAAAGGAUCUACUCUGGUAAGAGAAAUUCAUGAGAAACAGAGUUCAAAUAAGUCUCGCCAACGCUUUUGGGAACUUGCUGGCUCAAAACUUGGUGAUAUCUUAGGCGUUGAAAAAACAGCAGAACAGAUUGAUGCCGACACUGCUGUAGUGGGUGAGGAUGGUGAGAUUGAUUUUAAGGAGGAAGCGAAGUUUUCACAACACAUGAAGAAGGGAGAAGCUGUGAGUGACUUUGCUAAGUCUAAAAGUCUUUCUGAGCAAAGGCAAUAUCUGCCUAUUUUUUCAGUGCGAGAAGAGUUAUUACAGGUGAUUCGUGAAAAUCAGGUGGUGGUUGUAGUUGGGGAAACUGGUUCAGGAAAGACAACCCAAUUGACACAGUAUCUGCAUGAGGAUGGGUAUACUAUAGGUGGUAUAGUAGGUUGCACCCAACCAAGGCGUGUGGCAGCUAUGAGUGUUGCCAAGAGAGUUAGCGAGGAGAUGGACACAGAGUUAGGCGAUAAAAUUGGAUAUGCUAUACGUUUUGAGGACGUGACUGGACCAAAUACCAUAAUAAAGUACAUGACAGAUGGGGUUCUACUACGUGAAACACUUAAAGACUCUGAUUUAGAUAAGUAUAGGGUUAUUGUGAUGGACGAAGCCCAUGAAAGGUCAUUAAGCACAGAUGUCCUUUUUGGAAUAUUGAAGAAAGUUGUAGCCCAACGCCGUGAUUUCAAGCUGAUUGUUACAUCAGCAACUCUGAAUGCCCAGAAAUUCUCCAAUUUCUUUGGAAGUGUUCCGAUUUUUCAUAUUCCUGGGAGAACAUUUCCUGUCAAUAUAUUAUGGAGCAAAACUCCAUGUGAAGAUUACGUUGAAGCUGCAGUGAAGCAAGCUAUGACUAUUCACAUAACCAGCCCUCCAGGUGACAUCCUUAUCUUCAUGACUGGCCAAGAUGAGAUUGAGGCAGCUUGCUAUGCCCUUGCUGAAAGAAUGGAGCAGAUGAUAUCAUCUUCAAACAAAGAAGUCCCAAAACUUUUGAUUCUUCCCAUAUAUUCUCAACUUCCGGCCGACUUGCAAGCAAAGAUAUUUCAGAAAGCUGAAGAUGGUGCGCGCAAAUGUAUUGUGGCCACUAAUAUUGCUGAGACAUCACUGACUGUGGAUGGUAUCUUCUUUGUCAUAGACACAGGCUAUGGUAAAAUGAAGGUGUACAACCCUAGGAUGGGUAUGGAUGCUCUCCAAGUCUUCCCUGUUAGCCGUGCUGCUGCUGACCAGCGUGCUGGCCGAGCUGGUAGAACUGGCCCUGGCACCUGCUAUCGAUUGUAUACAGAGAGUGCUUACCUAAAUGAAAUGUUGGCCAGUCCAGUUCCAGAGAUUCAGAGGACCAACCUUGGCAAUGUGGUUUUGUUACUGAAAUCUCUUAAAGUUGAAAAUUUACUCGACUUUGAUUUCAUGGAUCCACCUCCGCAGGAUAAUAUUCUCAAUUCUAUGUACCAGUUGUGGGUGUUGGGUGCCCUUAACAAUGUGGGGGGAUUGACUGAACUUGGCUGGAAAAUGGUUGAAUUUCCACUAGAUCCUCCACUUGCUAAGAUGCUUUUGAUGGGUGACCAGUUGGGGUGUCUCGAGGAGGUUCUUACGAUUGUUUCUAUGCUUUCAGUACCAUCGGUUUUCUUUAGGCCAAAGGACCGAGCAGAGGAGAGUGAUGCUGCACGUGAAAGAUUUUUUGUACCUGAAUCCGAUCAUCUAACGCUUUACAAUGUUUAUCAGCAAUGGAAACAACAUGAUUACAGAGGGGACUGGUGCAACGAUCAUUUUUUGCAUGUUAAAGGUCUCAGAAAGGCUAGAGAAGUGAGAUCCCAGCUGCUUGAUAUUCUCAAGACUCUCAAAAUUCCUUUAACCACAUGCUGGCCCGAUACAGAUGUCGUCAGAAAAGCAAUUUGUUCUGCGUACUUCCACAAUUCAGCAAGAUUAAAGGGUGUCGGGGAGUAUGUUAACUCCCGAAAUGGGAUGCCUUGUCACCUUCAUCCCAGUAGCGCUCUCUAUGGCAUGGGUUGCACUCCUGAUUAUGUAGUUUAUCACGAGUUAAUCUUGACAACAAAGGAGUACAUGCAGUGUGCCACAGCGGUGGAGCCCCACUGGCUCGCAGAGUUAGGUCCCAUGUUUUUCUCUGUGAAAGAGUCUGAUACAUCACUACUAGAACAUAAAAAGAAACAGAAGAAAGAGAAAACAGACAUGGAAGAGGAAAUGGAGAAUUUAAAGAAGGAGCAAGCAGAGUUCGAGAGAGAAAAUAAACGGAAGGAGAAGGAAAAGAUGGCCAAGAAUCAACAGCAAAUUUCCAUGCCAGGUUUGAAAAAGGGUUCAUCCACAUUCUUGAGACCAAAAAGGUUUGGUUUGUAA